GUUUUUUCUUUGGAUUUGCGAUGAGUUGAUGUUUUGAGUUUUUGUUGAUUUAUGAUUGAUUGAUUGAUGUUCUUGUGGACUUUGUGGGUUAUUGAGUAUUGAAUAUUGGAUUUUGUUGGAUUUGGAUUGGUGUUUCAACUGCUCUGUAAUUACAAGAACUGAAGCAAAGCCUGAUAUAACUUUGGGUCUUUCAAUUGUUUGUUUGAGAUUCUUUGAUUCUUGAAAUCAUUCAAGAUGUCUACAUAUUAUCCUCCUCCUCCUGGAGGUAAUGGAGCUCCUGCUCCCGCUCCCCAACAACAACAAUAUGCACCUCCACCGACCUCUCCUCCUCCAAACCAGACAUCAUUCCAAUACGCUGCUCCGCCAACCUCUCCACCACCAAAUCAAACCUCAUUCCAAUACCCUGCUCCACCUGUUUCUCCUCCAGCUCAAUCCUCGCAUGCCUACUACCCUCCUCCCCCUUCUACCUCCACAACAAGCUAUACCCCUCCUCCAAACCCUCAACCUACUCCUCCCCAACAACAACAACAGUAUGCGCCUCCCACAAAUUUCUCUCAUCGUCCCUCAUAUUCCGGCGGCCAACAUACUCUUCCCAUCCAUACACCACCACCCCAACAAUCCCAAGCCUACGCCUCUUCCUACGCCGUUUCUCCCCAGGAAACUCAUCACCCCAACUUUACACAACCGAGCUCCAACCCCACUACGAAUACAUCAGAUUAUCCGCCCGAAAAACCAGCGCUCAAUACGAGUCUCACGACGAAUUUGGAUCAUGGAGCGCCCAGCGCAGCACAUUUCGUAGGAGCAAGUACCACGCAAGAUGAUGUGGGAACAUUCAAUGGGGGAAGUUAUCGUGUUAGUCAUAGAGAUACGAAUAGUAUUGUGACGAUUCAAUUAGCGAUGGGAUGUCCAUUGACUGCUAAACCUGGCGCAAUGAUCGCAAUGACCCCCACCAUAACCCUCAAAGGCGCCAUCAAAUUCUCCAUGAAAAAAUUAGUUAUCGGAGGCGAAUUGGCCCAUUCGACGUUUACCGGUCCGGGAGAACUUCUCCUUGCUCCCUCGGCUCUAGGUGAUAUCACGAAUAUUCGACUCACGGGCAAUGAACAGUGGAGUGUGGGACGGGAUGCGUAUUUAGCUUCCACACAAGGUGUUAUUAAAGAGUAUAAGAGACAGGGAAUUGGAAAAGCGAUGUUCAGUGGAGAGGGCCUGUUUGUUUAUAAAAUUAGUGGAGUGGGUUUGUUGUGGAUUAGUAGUUUGGGCGCGAUUAUUAGGAAGGAUUUACAAGAAGGCGAACGAUACAUAGUGGAUAAUGGACAUCUCGUCGCUUGGAACACUAAAUACGUAUUGGAGCGCGUGGCUUCGGGAGGAAUCAUUAGUGGAUUGAGUAGCGGAGAGGGAUUGGUAUGUAAGUUUACGGGACCGGGGACAGUUUUUAUUCAGACGAGAAAUCCGGCCGCGUUUGGUCAGUGGAUUGCGGCGCAUUCGGGUGCUUGAAUAGGGAGAGGAUAAGUAGGGGUGUGGUAUGGGCAAGAAGGGAAGGGAAGUAAUUGUGGAUUUCGAAGGUUUUCUGUGCGUUUGGAGAGUUUCGAAAGCCUGAGGGCAUACUGUUUGAUUUGGUUCGAUUUUAUUUUUAUUCUAUUUGAUGAUACCUUGUCCUUCGUUUUUGACGACUUUUAUUUUACGAAUACUAUUGGGGAGCUGUCCCUCGAAUAACAAAAAGCAACAUGAUAUUUGUGUAUAUUCAUCUUUCUCUGAAGUAGAUCUAGGUGAUGAAGAUAUGUGAAAACAUGUGUCU